AUGCCUCCAACGUUUGGACCGCCACCUCUUUGGCCCGCAACCUCAUCGCUACUGUCACUAUCACUACCGCAGUCACCAACAGCAUUGCAUCCACUAUCAACGACACCAUCAGCAUCACCAAUCCCCAGCAUCACCAAUCACCAAAGCAUCCCCAAUUUAGCAUCACCAAUACCACCAGCAUCACCAAUUCCCUCAACAAAAUCUGUAGCUGUAGUACUACCUCUUCCAUCAUUUACAUCAACAGGUUUGACAAAAAAAACCGUAUGGACGACAACAAAAACAACUGUAACCUCAAUGUCUACGUCAUUGACAUCGCAACCACCUAUUUCACAAUCACCCUUGUCCACAUACGCAUUAGCAUCCAAGCUACUGUCAUCAUCACUGCUAGCAUCACCACCACCAUCACCACCAAUCCCAGCAUCACGGAAUCCAUCUGAAGCACCCACUAGAGCUCCUACUACAGUAUUGAUAGUAGAAGGCUCCAAGAAAUUCGAAGGAAGUGGCAAAGUGGAGGGACCUUGGGAUGUCGAAUAUGGAAAUAACAAAUCUGCUCAGUACAGAGAUCUUAACAGCAAGUUGGAAGCCCAUUUAAGAGGAAUCCUCGAAAAGAAAUACGAACAAAAUUUACUUUAUCUGAAGGUGAAAAACUUCCGGGAGGGGAGCAUAAUUUUCGACUUUACAGUUUUCCUUACUUCUACAACGGAUGUUGAUGCCAACAGCCUGAAGAAGGUAAUAGAGAAAGCUGAAGGGGGCUCAGCAAACCUCACUAUAUCCGUCGUAAGUGUAAAUCAAGUGGCUGGCCCCACACCAUCUACCCCGACUAAACCAUCUGCAGCGUCUAAAGAUCUAUGGCGUAACAUCUUCACUUCAGAUCUGUGGUAUAACAUCUUCACUUCAGAUCUGUGGUAUAACAUCUACACUUCAAAUCUGUGGUAUAAAAUCUAUACUUCAGAUCUGUGGUAUAACAUCUAUACUUCAGAUGUGUGGUAUGACAUCUACACUUCAGAUCUGUGGUAUAACAUCUAUAUUUCAAAUCUGUGA